AACCAGCUCCACUGAGGUUUUAGCAGAGCAACAAUGGCGAAAACUGCAAAAGCUAACAAAAAUGACAGUUCAUCAAAGAAGAAGAAGAAUAAGAAGAGCAGCAAAUCAGGUCCAAAACUCAAAGACAUGAAACAUAAAGCAGCGGCAAAAAAAGAAAACCCUUUCGAAACAAUUUGGUCACGCCGCAAAUUCGACAUACUAGGAAAAAAGCGCAAGGGCGAAGAACGCUGUAUUGGUGAAGCUCGUUCUUCUGCUAUCGAAAAGAGGAAGAAGACACUGUUGAAGGAGUAUGAGCAAAGUGCAAAAUCGUCGAUUUUUGUUGAUAAGCGUAUUGGAGAGAAUGAUGAAAGGCUUGGUGAAUUUGAUAAAGCUAUUUUGAGGUCUCAGCGUGAGAGACAGGUGAAGUUGAAGAAAAACAAGUAUAAUCUGUCAGACGAGGAUGAAGAGGACUUCGAUAUCGGUGCCUCAUUGGGAAGGGAUGAUUUCGAUGAAGAAGUCCCAAUUGAUGAGGAUGAGGAGGAUUAUGGGAGAAAUGGUGAGAAUAAUCCUUCUCAGUGUUGCUUUUCUCAUCUCUCUGGCGAAUAG